UCGUCAAGACCUUAAACCCUUUUCUCAGAAGAGGGCCUAAACCCUAUUCUCUAGGUCUACCCUCCAAAAUUUUCCCUCUGUUUCCGCCGCUUACACAAAGUCUCCGGCACCAUUUUUCUCGUUCUUACAUCCCUCCCAUUCCUCUUCCUUCACAAACCACCACACCUCCUAUCACCGCAAAAUCUUGGCUUCCAUUUCUACUGUAGCAUGCCCUUCAACUUCUUUUCACCGCCACACCUCCGUCUCCUUAACUCGUCUUCAUUCCUCGUAACCCGGUUCAUCAUGAAAUCAAACCCAUCAGUAUCAAAGGGAAACGAGGUUUUCACUCGGGUAUUUCCUCACAAAAUGAAGUACCAAUCGUCCUCACCAGUUAAGAAAUUAGGGCUCCCUAAUCUGAUAACGACAGCUCAAUCCCAGUUGCAGUUUUCGACAAGGGCUUCCAAACACGGCUCUGAAGAUCGGUCGGCUAAGAGCUUAAUUGAAGAUGAAGCUGAACUUAGUGACUGGGUUAGUGAAUUGAAGUCCGACUCAUUUAAAAAAUCUCGUUUGUAUAGCGAAAGCGACGAUGGUGAAAACGAUUGGGGAGGUGGUGCUGGCUCAACUGUUAAGAGAAAGCGAGAGGGUGAUUCAGACAGAGAGAGGGGACGAGGAGGAAGUAGGGGUUCUUUUAAUGGUGAUUCGAGGGGAAAAGGGCGUUCUGGUGGUGAAUUUGGAAGGAGAGAUGAUGGGUUCGUCUCCAAAAGGGAGAAUGGAUUCGGAAAUGGAAGAGGAGGGAGGGAUUCUGGUAGUUCAAGAGGGCGAGGGCGAUUUGGUGGUGAAGUAGACAGAAGAAAUGAUAGAUUUUCUCGUGAUAAAACAAAAGAGGAUGAUGGGUUUGUGUCAAAAAGAAGAGACGAUAAUUUCAAUGGCAGGGGGAGAGGAGGAAGAGGAGGUGGCGUAGUAAGAGGUGGUAAGAGCAUGAGUAAAGCAAACUUGAUGUCGUCUGAUCAAGAUGAAGAUGAUGAAGAAGAGGAACAUAAGAACAUUACCAGUAAGUUCAGAGAAUUGAUCAGCGAUGAAGAUGAUGACGAUGAUGAAGAUGAAGACCUCGAUGAUGAUGUUGAGGUAUUAGGAAAUGGACAUUCAGUGAAAAAUGUUGCAUCGAGUUCACCUAGAGCUUCACCUGAUGGAAGCGAAUCCUAUCUGAGUGGAACAAGGUUUGAUCAAUGUGCAGUUUCACCACAAUCUCUAAAAGCAAUUAAGGAUGCUGGCUAUGAAAAGAUGACUGUUGUUCAGGAGGCAACACUUCCUGUCAUUCUUAAAGGGAAGGAUGUUUUGGCUAAGGCUAGAACAGGAACUGGAAAAACUGUUGCAUUUCUUCUCCCAUCAAUCGAAGUUGUUGCAAAAUCGCCACCUGUCAGCCGUGAUCAAAAGCGUUCUCCAAUUCUUGUCCUUGUCAUAUGCCCUACAAGAGAGCUUGCAAGUCAAGCUGCCAUGGAAGCCAAGAAAUUACUAAAAUACCAUCCUUCCAUUGGUGUCCAAGUUGUCAUUGGUGGGACCCGCCUUGGUCUUGAACAAAAACGCAUGCAAGCAAGCCCAUGCCAGAUCCUUGUAGCGACACCUGGCAGGCUGAAAGAUCAUAUUGAGAAUACUGCAGGAUUUGCCACUAGACUAAUGAGCAUCAAAGUCUUAAUUCUUGAUGAAGCUGAUCAUUUAUUGGACAUGGGAUUUAGAAAAGAUAUUGAAAGAAUCAUAGCAGCUACACCAAAACAAAGACAAACUCUUCUAUUUUCAGCCACUGUCCCACCUGAGGUACGCCAAAUUUGCCAUAUUGCUUUAAAAAGAGACCAUGAAUACAUCAACACUGUCCAGGAAGGUAGUGAAGAGACCCAUACACAGGUCCAACAAAAACAUUUAAUUGCUCCACUGGAUAAGCAAUUUUCGAUACUGUACACUCUCCUAAAAGAUCAUAUUGCAGAUGAUUCUGACUAUAAGGUUCUUGUGUUUUGCACGACUGCAAUGUUUACAAAACUUGUUGCAGACUUACUUGGUGAGCUGAAGUUAAAUGUGAGAGAAAUUCAUUCAAGAAAGCCACAAAGUUAUAGGACUCGAAUUUCAGAUGAGUUUAGGAGAUCAAAGGGUCUUAUUCUAGUAACAUCUGAUGUGUCAGCACGUGGGGUCGAUUAUCCAGAUGUCACACUUGUCAUUCAGGUUGGGGUUCCAGCUGAUAAAGCUCAGUACAUUCAUAGGCUUGGAAGAACAGGGCGUAAAGGGAAAGAAGGUGAAGGGAUAAUAAUGUUAGCACCAUGGGAAGAGUUCUUUUUGUCUACUCUUAAAGAUUUGCCAAUUUCAAAAGCUGCUUUACCUUUAGUGGAUCCGGAUACAAAGAAAAAGGUGGAGAAGGCGUUGUCUAAUGUGGAAAUGAAGAACAAAGAAUCUGCAUAUCAGGCAUGGCUUGGGUAUUAUAAUUCAAAUAAGACGAUUGGGAAGGAUAAAUAUAGGCUAGUAGAGCUUGCUAAUGAGUUUAGUAGAAGCAUGGGGCUUGAUAAUCCACCUGCAAUUCCAAGACUUGUUCUUGGUAAAAUGGGGCUCAAGAAUGUUCCAGGAUUGAGGUCUAAGUGAAAUUUUGACAAAUUUUGUUAAUGCUUAUCAAUUUUACAAACAAUCUUUUGUAUUGAGUUGAUUGAUGAAAAGUGUUCCAUCUUUUUAUUAGGAAGAAAUGAGCUUGUUAAUGGUUGAUUGAUGAUUGUUAUAACAUACUGAUUUUUGUUUUCUAUAGAAAUUACAAGUUUUGAUUGGGUG